AUGAGGUUCCUUGCUCCUGGACAUGGGAUAAACCAUCGAAUUAGGCCGUUGCGAAACGAUCCCAGAUGCCGAGGUGGGAGGUGUUACAGGAUCUCGCCGAGCCCUUCCAACCGUGAAUCUGAAGGUGACGAGGCGUCGAAUAGCUCCGAUUCGUCAGGCGCUCGCUCUCCAGAUGACGAGCCGUUGGUUUUGACGAGCCGCCCUCAGGAUCCCGCCCUCGACGAAGAAGUUAAUCAUGCCGUAGUGAAAUCCGAGGAGGAAGCGUUUCCCUUUGAUUUGUUCAAGGCGAAGCGUGAAUUAGAACGUCUCAUGGCGUCCCGAGGUGCCUCUACAUCUGGGCGAGAGAAACGAGUGAAAAGACAAAAACCUGACCCGCCCGGCUCUACGCUCUCCUCCCCUGACUCAUUCGAGGCGUUGAGAUAUCGUUUUGGGAUAUCCGAGGCGGUGGAAUUUGUCGUCCCAGAGAAGAAUGACCGAGCCGACAAACCUGCUGAGAAUCACUUCACUCUAUACGAGGCGUUCUUUGAGCUUUGCUUUCUCUGGUUCCCGAUCCCCGGAGUUAUCCUUGAAUACCUCUGGAAACAUGGAAUCUCAAUCGGGCAGAUAAUGCCGAGGGGUCUGCGGCACAUGAUUGGUAUUUUGGUUCGAAGCUUUGAAUACGGGCUUGAUAUUGAACUGAAUCACCUGCUAAACUUGCUGGAAAUCAGGAAAGCUCUGAAGGGAGAUAAAUUCUAUAUUUCCAACAAGUCCAAUCGUCGGAUUAUAGGCGGUUUUCCAAGCAAGGAUCAGUUCUGGACCGAGCGCUUUUUCUACGUCUUGGUGAACGAGGCGUCAGUUGGCGAGGACUACGUUCACAAAACCAAAACCGCUUGGGGACAACUUGUUUGGAACAUUCUUCCCCCGAUUUCCGACGACCUCUUUGUUGUUCGAGAUUCUCUUGCGGCUCGGAGAGUUAAUUGGAGGAAGCAUUUUUCAUUCGAGAGAGUGGAAAGAGCACGAGCCAUUCUUGCCAGAGUUCCUGUUAGCUCUUCUUCUUCAAAUUCUUCGCUAGACACCAGGGAAAAGAUGGUGAUCAUUAACCUUAGAGACAAGAAAAGGCGUGAAGAAGAGGAAGCUGCGAGACGAGCCGCCGAGGCGGCUCGAACAGAGGCCGAGGCUGUCCCUCAGAACGAUCCGCCGAGCCGUGAAGGUGAAGGCACGAUCCGAGCCGCGGAGGCAAACGUUGCCGAGGCGACCGAGAAUGAAACAGUGCCUGAGGUGGAACCAGGCAAGAUUAUUCCUGAGGCGCCCAAAGAUGACUCUGCGGCGCGGAGUAAAACUCCUCCAAACUCAGCUAUUCUGGCUCUUCCGAAGUCAUCGAGGCCCCCGACUUCGGUUGUACAGAAGCAUGAUUCUAGCCGAAAACGUUCGGCUACUGAUAAGGGGAAGGGCGUUGCUGUCCAAAAGGACGAGCCGUCCAAGAAGAAGCGCAAGCAGGCUCCCGGUGAUCCCGCUGCACGCAAACUGGUUGUCGACGACCCUGACGCCUCGGCAAUAAUGUUCGCAUGUGUUAAUAAUGCGAACACGCGUCUUCCUCCUCCUGAGAAGCUGAGGAGACCGAGGUCGUACGGCGCGAUGGCACAGCGCGGUACCAAGUUUGUAGCGGCCAUCAACGAGCUGAUGGCUGAAUACGAGGCAGACCUGUCUAAGGUUGAACGUUGCUUGGACGAGGCUCGAAACGAGACCACGGCGGCGAAGGGGAAGCUGAACGAGGCGAUGACUAGGGUGUCGAGGCUGGAAGAGGAGAAGAUAGUUCUCCGCGCUGAUGUUGACAAGGUCUCUGCCUCGGUCAUUCGCCUCGAGGAGGCUAGGAGAGCCAAAAGCACCGAGGUGGCGUUGUUCAAAAGGCAUAUCGAGGCCAAGUUCAAGCGUGCGAAAAAGGAAGCGAGGCGAGAGCUGACGACUAUGUUUCAGGAGCGCCUCGCCAAGGUAGAGGAAGGUUUGGCCAAGCUUGAGAAGGCCAAAUCCGACGAGAACGAGCUGGGUCAAAUCAAGGGCAACCUUGUGAUGAUUGCCGACCUGAAGAAACCGGACGCCCCAACGCUCGAUGAUGAGGAGGCGAAGCUAAAGAGCUGGGAGAGCGAGUACGCCGACGACGAGGCGUAUGAGCGCAUUGCCUCUGAGAUUCGAGGUGAGCUGGUCCUCUCGCCCGUAUCGACGGACUCGGUAGACACCAGCCUUGGUAACGAGCCUCUCGAAGAGUCAGCGGCCAACUUGGGCUUUGUAGAUCCGACCGGAUCAAAUGCGGGUACGCCGGCCCUCUCGAACCUCCUUGCCGAGCGUGAAACGCAGUCUGCGGCUUGA